AUGAAUUGGGUCGAACCACAUCCUAAGCGCUUACCUACCCCAAACGAAAUCCUUCGGAUCAAGGAUGAAGUCGCGUUACUCGACUUUGAGAUAGCAUCUCUAUAUACAUACCUGCGUGAAUUGGAGAGAGAUCGUGACAAUAAAGCUUCAUUCGUCGCUCCAAUUCGUCGUAUACCGCCAGAAAUACUGGGCGACAUCGCGAUGGCCUGCUUGCAAGUCGGAAUACCCCCUUAUAUACUCAGUCAAGUAUCCUCAUUAAUGCGUGAUGCGGUCAAUGGAAUGAAGAAACUAUGGUCAUCUAUACAUUACUUCGUGCCACGAGGUCAGAAUAUGGCGGACAAGGACCUGACAGUAACGCCUGUAAGCCGGCCCUUUAUGCGAGAUACAUCAGUGCAUAUGGUAUUGAGCUUGCUUGGCGGCUCGCCCAUUUCCAAGCAGAUCCUAGCUAUUUCGCCUA